AUGUUGGCCGCCGACUAUAUCCAUAUCCUCAAAAAGAUUGAGCGUGACACAGCUUCAUGUGGGGAAUGGCGCCUACUAUCCAAGAAGAUGGUUGCUGCGCUACCUGAGCGGCUCUACCGACAAUAUCCAUCGGACUUACAAGAAGUCGCCCAAGAGAAGCGCAUCGUGCGGCCCACGGCCUGGAACAAUGAUUUUCCGAAUCCUGAGUAUUCUUCCUUCGACAGCAGUGACUCGGAAGAAGAGAGUGAAGACAAUGAAGAAGAGAUGGACGACGACCUUGAGCAACACAACAACAAUGCAAGCUUUCCGUCGCUUCCACCAGGUCGCCUAGCUAUGAUCCAUGACUGCCCACGACUACUGUGGCCCAUGUGCAAAGAUGCACCAUCUGAGACUCGCACAGACCGGGACCGCAUCAAUGCCUUCCGAGCGCUAAAGAAUUUCACUCAGACACCCUUUGGCAACGGUAUGUCAGGGCUUCGUAGUGAGACUCUGUUCGACCUUAGUGCCAAGAAGGUGGGGAUCAACGGAGAGCUUAUCAAGGUGGAUUCUUGGAGGUUGGCAGAAGUUGCACAGUCUAGACUCGAUUGGGAGACAGAACAGUACAACAUGGAAGAUUUUGACGUUUACGAUGAUGAAGAUGGGCGGGUGGAGAUCUACGGACCUAAAGCUGUGGACAAUACGGAUACAGAAGAUGAAUUUGAAGAUGAGGAAUUCUUCUAG